CACAACAUCGCUAACUCCAGAUCUCCAAGAGCAUCUGAUCUCUUCACAGCUGUCCCCUCAGACACAGAGAUGCUUUUCUCUGUCCUUCUUGUGCUGGGCGUCUGCCUGGUGCCAGCUCACUCCAGUCCAACAGAAAAGUAUCUGGGCAGUCCUCUCCUUCAACGCUGCUUUGAAGACGCAAAGAAACUCGUGGAUGAUGCGUACACAUACUCCAGGAAAGAGAGUCUGAGACGAGUCCGCAAAGAGGUGGUGAGUCCUCACGAUACUCUUCGUCUAUUGAAGCAGCCUCGCGGUGACACACGCUCAGCUGUGAGAUCUGCAGACUACAUGGCACAAACCCUCCGUCUGCUGCACGACAGGGUGCAUCAUAUUCACAAACGCUCACUCAACGCAACAGAUUUACUCUCUGAAGAGGACCUGAAAAGGCUCGCAGAUAUAACCGGAUGCUCAGCUCGAGUCAGUCUUCCGCAAUGCCGCACCAUGCCAAACCUUAACAAUUAUCGCACCAUCACCAGCAUCUGCAACAACCUAAAUAACCCUCGCCUCGGAGCUGCCAACACCCCCUUCAGCCGUUGGCUCCCUGCCCAAUAUGACGACGGCAUCUCCCAACCGAAAGGCUUCCUGAAUCAAACAAUCAACAACUUCUUCCUCCCACUGGUGCGGCAGGUGUCCAACAACAUCCUAAGCACAACUGACGCAGGCGUGGUCAGCGACACAGAAUUCACUCACAUGGUGACGUUGUUUGGGCAGUGGAAUGACCACGAUCUCACCUUCACGCCGUUCUCCCCCAGCAUCCGCUCCUUCAGCAACGGGGUGAACUGUGACGAGAGCUGUGAGCGAACUGAGCCAUGCAUCCCCAUCCCGAUUCCUCCUGGCGACCCUCGCUUGCCCUCCCGCCCAGACAGCUGCAUCCCAGCGUUCAGAUCUGCCCCUGUUUGCGGAACGGGAUACUCGGCCUACAACUUUGGUGGCGAGCCCAACAGGAGAGAGCAGAUCAAUGCCCUGACAGCCUUCCUGGAUCUCAGCCAGGUGUACGGCUCCGAGGACAAGCUGGCCCUGUAUCUUCGCGACCUCGAUAAUAAUGACGGCCUGUUGCGUGUGAAUACACAGUUCAGAGACAACAGGCGUGAGUUGCUGCCCUUCCACCCUCUGCAGGUGAACAUGUGUGCCACUCGCAGAAGAGUCACCAACGACUCAAAUGCCAGAGAGGUGCCCUGUUUCAUUGCAGGUGAUUCCCGCGUGGAUGAGAACAUCGCUCUGACGUCUAUUCACACACUGUUUAUGCGUGAGCAUAACCGGCUGGCUCGUGAACUGAAGAGACUUAACCCACAUUGGGACAGUGAGACCCUCUACCAGGAAUCCCGCAAGAUCAUGGGUGCUUACACACAGCGGUUUGUUUUCAGGGACUAUCUGCCACACAUUGUCGGGGACGAUGCGAUGCGUAGACAGCUUGGUCGUUACCCUGGCUACAAUCCCAACGUUGACCCCAGCAUCUCCAAUGUCUUUGCAACAGCAGCUUAUCGCUUCGCCCACUUGGCCAUCCAACCAACCAUAUCCCGUCUGGAUGCAAACUACAGGGAGAACCCUCAGUCCCCCAGUGUCCCCUUGUUCAAGGCCUUCUUCACGCCCUGGAGAAUCGUCUUUGAGGGUGGCAUCGACCCUGUGCUCCGUGGUUUGAUCGGACGUCCCGCUAAACUGAACACUCAAGAUCACAUGAUGGUGGAUGCUCUGAGGGAGAGGUUGUUCCAGUUUGUGCAGCAUCUGGCUCUGGACCUGGGCUCUCUCAACAUGCAGAGGGGACGUGAUCACGGCGUGCCUGGCUACAACGCCUGGCGCAGGUUCUGCGGGCUGUCACAGCCCAGCAACCAGGCAGAGCUUGCUCAGGUCCUGAACAACAGCGACCUGGCCCGCAGGCUUCUGCAGCUCUAUGGUACACCCAACAACAUUGACGUCUGGCUGGGAGGCGUAGCAGAGCCGUUUGUCCGUGGCGGCCGUGUAGGGCCUCUCUUCGCCUGCCUGAUUGCAUCACAAUUCCAGAGGAUCCGCCAGGGUGACAGGCUAUGGUACGAGAAACCAGGCGUCUUCACCCCCCAACAGAGAGCUGCUCUGUCCACUGUCACCCUGUCCAGGAUAAUCUGUGACAACACCGGUAUCAAUGCCGUCCCCACUGACGUCUUCAACGUCCUUUCAAGAACUAACCGGCUCGUCAACUGCUCCAGCAUCCGACGUCUGAACCUGUUAGCCUGGAGGGAGAGACCUUGCACAGAAUGUGAACGAGCCGGACCCCCAGGACCAAGGGGGCCUCGAGGACAACGAGGUCCAGUAGGACCCCCUGGCCCGAGAGGCCCUCCUGGACUGCCAGCACUCAACAUCAAUGCCUCACAACCACAAUCUGCCUUCUCAGUCCUUCUGGGCAAGUACUACCCAUCCUCAGAGAGAACCAUUCAUUUCCAUCAGGUCUUGUACAACGAACAGAAUCAUUACAGCACUAAGACAGGCCUGUUUAUUUGCGCUACCCCCGGUGUCUAUCAGUUCAGCUUCCUCUGCACGUUUUUUGUCGGUUCAGGAAGUGUGGACCUGUGGCAUAACAAACAGCUGGUGCUGCACGGUUUCAAGUUUUAUCAGGGAGGUCACCGCUUGUUAUCAGGGGACACGGUGCUCAGGCUGGAGAUGGGAGACAAAGUGUGGCUGGAUGCCACUGAAGGGACCACCGGCCUGAGCACUGAAAGCUUCUUCUCGGGACACCUGCUCUUCACUGUGUGAAACAAACACUUCUCCUAACUGAACCGCCACCCUCUAACACACCGGUGGUGUGUCUGCUUUAGGAUCUCUGCACUGAGCUUCACUUUCCCUUAAUCAGGUCAUGUGUAAUAACUAUUAUUGAUCUAUUAUUCUUUUCUUUUGGGCCUACGGACCAGACUUGUGCACACCGUACAAACAUUAUAAAUAUUUUCUGACAAAAGAACAAAUUUUACAUGCUUUUAGCAGCCUCAUUAAUAUUAAAUGUGACUACAGCACAUUUGUUAAACUCUGUUACAGCAUGCAGUCCAUUGGACCGGAAAUGUAAUUGAUAGCCGCAUUUACUUGUUUCAUUAGGAAUAUUUUAUGCACUGAUUGAAAAUUGAAGCAUGCAUUUAAAAUGUGUUGUGCUUGUGUCUAUGAGGCUUGUUUUACUGUAACUUCUGUAUCUGUUGUAUUUAGCAUUCAAUAAAUAAACUAAAAAACUGAGCCGCA